AUGAGUGUGAGAGUCGGGUUGGGUCGGUUAGAUCGGUUUGGGCGGGUUUUGAUAACCCAUGGGCACCCCUACCCGCUAGUGCUAAAAGAGUGUGAUGUUAUUGCAGAUGAUGCUAGAUGCUAUGUUUGUAACACCUCUGUUAUAGCCUCUCCAACAUAUACUUGUAGUCUUAGUAGUGUUGAGUGUCAAGGUUUCUACCUCCACAAGACUUGUGCAGAAUUACCCACUACAAUUCGUUUCCAUAAGCACAACCAACACCCCCUUGUUCUGCUCAAACGUCCUGAUGAUAGUUCUUGUGAUGCUUGUGGUGAGGAUGUCAAGUUCUCUUACACAUGCCAGGAUUGUCAAUUUGAUGUGUGUCUGAUUUGUGCUUUUCAACAGAGAGUGCUUCAACAUGAAGGUCACCCUGAGCACAUACUAACACUAAUGCCAAGGAAAUCCUUGUUUAAGUGCGAUGCUUGUAGUGAAAAAGCAGAAGACUCUUCAUAUGUAUGCACCACCUGUGACUUGUGCAUCCACAAGGAAUGUGCUCUUUCUCCAUUCACUAUCCCAGCUCCUGCUUUUCACCAUCAGCCUCUCCAUCUUAUCUACUCUGUUCCUACAAUCCAUCGUUUUUUCAACCGCAACUGCAACAUCUGUCAGCGACGAGUUCAUACAAACUUCUGGCUGUAUUAUUGUCAUAAAUGCACAUAUUUUGUGCAUAUGAGGUGUGCGACAUUGUCUUCUGUAAAUGAGAUUGAAGAAGAGGGCAGUCUCAAUGAUGAACUUGAUUUGAUAGAACUUCCACUGCAGAGUGCGGAAUCACUAUUUGAUCUCAUAAUAUCCCAGUGUUGCAAACUCCAAGUUGAAUCUCAAGGUAAAGAAGAAAACACUAUUCCUAUAUCAACAGCUCCUGAUCCUCCCAUAAUUAAUCAACACUGGAGUCAUAAGGACCAUCCAUUAGUGCAGUUCCAGUUCAGUACUAGUGAGAAUGAUAAAAUUGAAAAUAAUUAUGAUAGAAGAGAGUUGAUAUGCGACGGUUGCAUUCAACCCAUAACUAUUUCACAUCCGUCUUACUACGCUUGUAUUCAAUGCCGUUUCUUUCUCCACUCCUUCUGCGCCACUAAGUUACCGGUGUCAUUGCUAGCAGGAGUAUGUCCACCUCAUCCCCACCAUUCGCUUCGUCUUCAUCACAAUAACACAUUCUAUACUUUUGUGGUGUGUGAAGUUUGUUGCUUUGACACAAAUGGAUUCCACUAUCUGUGUGAGACUUGUGAUAUUACAAUUGAUAUACGCUGUGCAUUCUUACCCACCAAGAUAAAACAUAAAUCUCACAAGCACCACUCCCUUAUUCUACGUCCAUCCUCCAAAUUUAAGUGCAGUGCGAGUGGUUUUAAUUUUGAAGGAGUUCCUGUUCCGCACUAUGGAUGUGAAACUUGCAGUAACUUUCAUAUUGAUAUAGCAAGUGCAUUUUAUCCUGGUAGGAUGAAACACAGAUACGAUGAUCACCCUGUAACCUUGAGACUUCCUCCAUUCUUCUAUGAGGGAGUAUUCUAUUGUGAAACAUGUGAAGACCAAGUCAAUAAUCAAAGGUGGCUCUAUCACUGUGAUGAAUGUGAUCAUUCUUUUCACAAUCAUUGCCUUCUUUGGGGUGGAAGUGUCAAGUUAGAAAGGAACAUCGAACUUGAUAUCAACGACCAGUCUACACACACUUACCUUGGUGGUGAAGACUCGUAUAAAAAAGACCCAAGCAGAGUACAGCUGUAGAUAUUGUGGGAACAGCUAUAUCUGGAAUUACUUUUUGGAAUGUGAUGGGUGUGGAUAUCGUAUAUGCUGUCCCUGUGUUAGUCAAAUCAAGGCGAGUAACAAGUCCAUACACUUCUGAUGGUGAAGUGAAGUGAGGUUGCCGAUCUGGGAUGAGCAAAAAGACCAAAUAACAUAUUUCUGGCUCCAUAUCAUCAUCUGUUUCGAGUUUUCUGGUCCAAGCACAUUGCCAGAAACAUCAUCCAUGUCCAUAGAUCUUCUUACUCAUGUUCCAGAUUUAAAAUUCAUAGCAGACAGAAACUUCUAAAUCCAAAACAUCCGAGCUCUUUGCAUGUAUAUAACAUCACCACUUCAUUCGUACGCCUUAAAGUUCUCCAGCAUGGAACCCGAAAUUCCUUCCAACAAUUAGCAUUUUUCUUGUUCACCUGCACUGUUUUUACAUUAUCAUACAUGUUCUUAUACACAAUUUCUAAAGUGGACUUCGGAGAAAGAAUUACAAUGAGAAGUGAUCUAGUUGUAUAUUGUGCGGGAGUUGGAAGUUACUUGAACCUCCUGACUCAUGGACUCCAGGGAUAUUUCAGGUAGACAGAUAAUGUCAUUACACCAGAUAAUUAUACUCAGUUGAAAAGACAGGAAAUAACAAGACAAUCAGACGAGUUGAACAAAUCUUUGCUCUUGGAGUCUUGGCAUUGAUAAGCAUAGCCAGUCAAACAGGCGGUUCGGCACAACCCGCCUUUGACAGAUGGUUAAUUUAUUGGGUGGUCCUAAAUUAGGUCAUGACAUUUCCUAAUGUCUUGAGCUAUCACUAUCUGCUAAACAAUUUAAUUUGUUUUCAGAAAAGAGAUUGAAGAAGAGGGCACUGAGUAUGUAUGUAUGUUUCCAUGGAAGAUCUAUUGUUUCAUCCAUGUCAGUCAAUCUUGACAAUAUUUGGAUAGUUUUUAACAAGCUUGCAUUUAGAUGCCGAUACAAUACUGAUCUAAGAGGGCAGGGAAAUGGUCUUGGGUACCAGUACUGUAUGUGAUGCAAACAAAUCUUGGUUAAUGGUUAAUAGUAACUUGAUGUGGGGCAUUUAUCCUGAAACUGAAAGACUAUUCAGCCGGAGAUUUCUCAGUUUGGUUGGUUGUGCAUCAAGGAACGAUAAUCUCAAUGAUCAUCUAGUUAUUUAGCAGAACUGUCACUUUUAUAUA